CUCUAACAAUAUACAAAGCUUUCUCAUUUUUAGCUUGAUUCACUCAUUUCAUUGAAUAUUAAUGUCUGUAAUAGAAUCUGUGGAUGUCAUAAUGAAGCAAAGAUUUGUAUAAUAAUAUCUGAAGGUAUAUUUAAAGGUGACCUAGUCAGAGCUAACUUUACAGCCUAAAAUACAUGUUCUUUCAGAGGUAAAAGAACAUGUAUAGUGGAAAGGGAAUGUCAAACAUGAGCACACAAACUCACAAAUGUUCAAGCACACAACUGCAGGGGUGUCACAUAUCCUUAUCAAAGAGGCAUUGUGAAGGAAGUCAGGCUAGGUAAACUCAGAAGGAAGGAAUUCUUUCAGAGUAUCAAAAAACAAAACAGAAAAAAACGUAAUAGGUGUUUUGGUUGUGUCACUUUUAGUUUCUUACUGGGAUUCUUGGAGUGCUCACUGAGUAACAGAUUAAGUGAUCUCCCUCAAGAAACAAAAGGGUAUAAAUUAAAUGAAAUAAAGCUUAUCAUGUGAUUUUCUUUUUUUAUGGUUAUAGUAUUGCCGUCAGACUCUCACUAUAUUCUUACUCUCAGUUACUGUUUUACAAAGUUGGGGAGCUGCAUAUGUAUAAAAUUUUGCUAUUGCACAAUAUUAUGAGUUAAGAAAAUCUGCUGUGUAAUUCAAAGCAGUACCUUUUUAAAGCUUCUGCUCAAUAGAUUUCAUGAAGCUAGAACUUCGCCUUAACCCAUCCCCCUUCUCAUGUAGAGCUGUCCAAUCACAUUUGGGAACCUCCCACCAGAGGAGUUACUCAGUCUCAUGGAGAUUUUCGUUUUUUCCCCCCCAAUUUUCAUCAGACAUUUCUGCUCUACUUCACUGAACUUAGCUUAACAUAAUUUGUGUGUUCACAACACUGCACUUGGGUUUGGAAAAGCUGCAUUCAAGGUUCAUGGACCAACAUUGAGGUUUUUGUUUUCUUCAAGUAAGUUAAACCAGUGUGUUGCUAUGGAUGAAAGUGGAAUAAGGAAGAGAAAGGAGUCACAGAAUGGCUCCACUGACCUUACCAAAGACAACAAGGAGGUGGUGAAGGCCGUUGCCCUUCAAAAAGAUGUUGGUCUGCUGAGUGGCAUUUGUCUCAUUGUGGGGACUAUGAUUGGCUCAGGCAUUUUCAUUUCCCCAAAGUCUGUUUUGCUGUACUCGGGAGCUGUGGGACCUUGCCUCCUAAUCUGGACUGCUUGCGGCGUGUUAUCUACUCUUGGAGCACUGUGUUAUGCUGAACUUGGAACCAUGAUCACCAAAUCAGGCGGCGAGUACCCCUAUUUCAUGGAGGCUUUUGGCUCUAUUGUUGCCUACCUUUACUCCUGGACAACUAUUAUGGUGUUAAAGCCUUCAUCCUUUGCUAUCAUCACACUGAGCUUUGCAGAAUAUACCUCUACUCCUUUCUACCCUGGCUGCUCUCCACCUUUAAUUGUCACCAAGUGUCUAGCAGCAGCGGCUAUAUUGAUCAUCACAUCCAUCAACUGUUUGAGUGUCAAACUGGCAAGUUAUGUGCAGAACUUCUUUACUGCAGCCAAACUUGUAAUCAUUCUUGUCAUAGUUGGAGCAGGAAUCGUUCUGUUGGCACAAGGUCAGUCUUGCCCACGCCAUCGGGUGGAGCUGGCCAUCCUGAGUCCUGAAGAGGCCACACCAGUCUCCAAUGGAGCAUUUCCUCCUCAGCCUUGUUCCUGCUCUGGAGAGCAAGCUGCACAGCACAGAGGAAAGUUCCAGCGCUCCUGGAAUCCCUCUGUGAUGGACCGCCAGUCUCCAGGUGAAGGCACAGCCAUGAAGUCGUCCACUAGACAGUCCCAGAUGGCCGUCGCUGCCUGGGGGGUGAUCUGGCUCACCGUGGACACACCGACUCUGAAAAAGGUUGGUGAUGAAAGACUGCAUUCACUCACCUCCGGUCGUCGUGCAGCGCGACUGGGACGCGAACGCCGUUUCUUCUUGAUUGUAGUUUCCGAUGAACCAGACAGCGGCGCCUCAUGCGCGCCGGGCAGCAUCGCAGAGGCUGGGGAACUGGGUGCUGAUGGAGUGCAGGCGGAGGGGAGGCUGCGCGGCCACGGGGCUGUGGUGAUGCAGCCCGCACACCGGACCGCUGAUGCUGCCAUGGACGGGGUUGGAGGAUGGUGCGGAGAAAUAUGUAUCAUAUAUUUUCUAUUUCAUUACUUUUACAGGAACCAACUAAAUUUCAUCACAGAAGAGCUAAAAAACCCAUUCAGGGACUUGCCACUGGCGAUUGUUAUUGGGAUUCCUUUGGUUACUGUGUGCUAUGUUUUGGUCAAUGUUGCUUACUUCACUGUUAUGACCACAACUGAACUGCUUUUGUCUCCAGCGGUUGCUGUGACUUUUGGAGACAGAGUCCUUUACCCAGCAUCUUGGAUUGUUCCUCUCUUUGUUGUCUUCUCAACAUUUGGUUCCGCCAAUGGAAGCUGCUUCACUGCUGGCAGAUUGGUCUAUGCAUCUGGCAGAGAAGGACACAUGGUGAAAAUCUUAUCCUACAUUAAUGUGAAACGCUACACUCCUGCUCCUGCUCUUAUAUUCAAUGGUGUUUUGGCUAUUUUCUACAUUAUUCCAGCAGAUAUCAACACCCUCAUUAACUACUUCAGCUUUGCUCAGUGGUUUUUCUAUGGGCUGGCAGCACUGGCUCUCAUAGUCAUGCGCUUCACUAGAAAGGACCUGGACAGACCAGUUAAGAUACCAGUGGUCUUAGCAGGCAUCAUGGUCCUGGUGUCCUGCUACCUGGUCUUGGCACCCAUCAUUGAUCAGCCAGAGCUGGAAUACCUUUACUGUACCAUCUUCAUCUUCAGUGGUCUUAUCCUUUACUACCCAUUUGUCUACCGAAAAGUGAACUGGGGGCGCAAAAUCAUGAGGCCCAUCACUAUGCAUCUCCAGCUGCUAAUGGAUGUAGCUCCUCCUGAGAAAACUGAAUGAGAAGGCAUAACGCGUUUCGGUGUCUACGGGGUAAUGAAAAAUGCUCUGUCUAGUUUUGGAAACAGGAAGUGUGCCUAAAGGGUUAGAGACACAUUUUAGAGCUCACUUCUCUGCAAAAGUAGGAUGAAAUGAAAUAAUUUAAAUUUGUUGGUUCAGGGCUCAGAAAUUGUGUUUAUUUAGAAUGACUGCAGGAUACAGUGGGAGUAUCUGCAGGAUAUUCCAGAAGUAUAUGAAAUAUAAACUAAAAACAGAUGAAAGGGUACGCUUUCAUCUGUUUUUACUUUUAAAAAUUAUAUACUUGUGAACUAUACACACACACACACACGUACACACACACAAUACACAUACAUAUUCGGGGUGCAACAAUCCAUGUAUCGUUAUUGAACUGUUUGAUACAGUGCUUUCGGUUCGGUACGCAUAUGUAUCGAGCAAUACAAAAUGUUUUAUUUAUUUUAUCAACUUUUCUUCUGACGAUGCUGUCUGUGUUGAGCACUCAGUGGAUCUGCGCUCGACUUCUCUGCCUAGGCUGUACUGUCUAGCGCAGAUCCACUGAGUGCAGCGCAAGCUAGUGAGACAGAAGCUAAGCGCGUUGCAACAUGGCUACUGCCUCAACGCUACCUGAAAUUGAACCUCCCCCACCCUCAUUCAGAUCCCGUGUUUGAAACUGUUUUGGUUUUCAUGUGAGGUAUGACCCUGAAGGUAAGCGCGUCAUGGAGAAAAGUAAAACAAUAUGUCAGAUGUGCCAUGCAAUGCUCAAUUACAUUGGUGGGAACUAGUGCGUUAGCGCAGUUAGCUCGAUAAUGUGUUGACGCCAUCCAGCCCGACGCACGGAGCAAUCCGCGGUUACUCGUUAACGGAGAUUUGCCUCGUUAUGCCGUUAACGUCAUUUUAACGGGAUUAACGCUGACAGCACUAGUGGGAACACAGCGAAUAUGGCUGCACAUUUACGCCGACAUCAUCCUAGUGCAAAGACAAGUGGAAGCAGACAAAAACAACAAGCACGCAUGAUACAAACUUUACCUGAGUCAUUUAGACCAACGGUGCCCAACCUCCGGGCCUCGGACCGGUACCGGUCCGUGAAUCGUUUGGUACCGGGCCGCGAGAGUUGAGGCUCAUGUGUGAAAUGUAUGGUUUUCAGGGUUUUUAUUGGUUUUCA